CAAUGAAAUUCGUAUAAGCAAAACUCCAUUUUGUUCCACUAUCAGCAGAAAGGACAUGAGAGGGCUUUCUUUAGCUUCUAGGGCAUCAUCACCUGCACUCAAUAACCUCUCUAAAUCUCAAAAAUCAUGCAAUCAGCCAAAACUCACCACACAAAAGCACCCCUCAAAGUCCAAUACUGAUCGAUUUCAAAGGCAAACCAACCACACUGAAGCUUCUUUAACAGGUAAUAAUACUCUUUCUUCACUAAACUCUCAACUUACAAAACCCAACUUAUUAUCAGUCCCAAAAGGUCAUGUUUCACAUAACAGAGAUACCAGGUCAGUUGAUCGUCAUUAUAUUUCUAGAAUUCUGUCAAGAAAUGACUGGUUUUUACUGCUAAACCACGAGUUUAAGGCAAAGAGGAUUAAUUUGAAUACCCAGUUUGUAGUUAGUGUUUUGCAAAAUCAAGAAAAUCCAAUAUACCCGUUGAGAUUUUAUAUCUGGGUUUCGAAUGUUGACCCGUUAUUUAUUAGGAAUCAGGCUGUUAAGGGUGUUUUAGCUAAUGCGUUUUAUCGAAAAGGUCCUGUUGUAUUGUCUGUUGAUUUGCUUAAAGAUAUUAGAAACUCAGGUUUUCGAGUUGACGAAGAUUUGCUUUGCGUUUUGAUUGGUAGUUGGGGAAGGUUAGGAUUGGCAAAGUAUUGUGAGGAAAUAUUUGGACAAAUAUCUUUUUUGGGUAUUACUCCUAGUACAAGGUUGUAUAAUGCUGUUAUUGAUGCAUUGGUGAAAUCAAACUCUCUUGACCUUGCCUAUUUGAAGUUUCAACAGAUGUCAGCGGAUAAUUGUAAACCUGACAGGUUUACUUAUAACAUGCUUAUUCAUGGAGUUUGUAAAAUUGGUGUGGUGGAUGAGGCACUUCGGUUGGUUAAGCAGAUGGAAGGUUUUGGAUAUUCAGCUAAUGUUUAUACAUACACUAACUUAAUAAAUGGGUUUUGCAAUGCAAAGAGGGUUGAUGAAGCAUUCAGGGUUUUUGAAACAAUGAAGCUUCGGAAUGUCAAUCCUAAUGAAGCCACUAUCAGAUCAUUGGUUCAUGGGGUGUUUCGUUGUGUGGCUCCACGUGAGGCGUUUGAACUGGUGAUAGAUUUUAUUGAGAAGGAGCCUGUUUUGGGGAGAUUGGCUUGUGAUACUUUACUCUGUUGCCUGUCAGAGAAGUGUAUGCCAAGAGAGGCAGGUGCAUUAUUGAGGAAACUUGGGGAGAGAGGUUAUUUGCCUGACAGUUCGACAUUUAACAUCACAAUGACUUGUUUGUUAAAGGGUUUGGAUGUCAACGAGACAUGUGGGAUAUUGGAUAAAUUUAUUGCGCGGGGUGCGAAGUUGGGGUUUAGCUUUUAUCUUGCAUUAAUUGAAACUCUGUAUAAAGCAGGAAGAGGUAUGGAGGGAGAUCGGUAUUUGAAUCAAAUGGUCAAGGACAGACUUGUGUCUGAUGUCUUUUCAUAUAACAUGCUAAUUGAUUGCUUCUGCAAAGCCAAUGUGAUGAACAAGGCAGUAAUGGUUUUCAAAGUGAUGCAAGAUAGAGGUGUUUCUCCCAACCUUGUUACUUUCAAUACCCUUAUUAGUGGCCACUGCAAAGAUGGAGAGGUGCGUAAAGCACGUGAACUGUUGCAGAUGCUUUUAGAACUUGGAUUGAAGCCAGAUAUUUUCACUUUUAGUUCAAUAAUUGACUGUCUUUGUCGAGCACAACAGUUUGAUGAUGCUUUAGGUUGUUUCAGUGAAAUGGUGGAAUGGGGUAUCUCUCCUAAUGCUGUCACGUACAAUAUAUUGAUUCGUUCUCUGUGUCUUAUAGGAGAUGUUGGUAGAUCAAUGAAACUCUUAAAAGACAUGCGAAAGGAUGGAAUAAGCCCUGAUAUUUUCUCCUUCAAUGCUCUCAUUCAAAGUUUUUGUAGGAUGGGAAAAGUUGAGAAAGCAGAGAAGAUGUUUGUUUCCAUGUCUACCUUGGGUUUGAUUCCCGACAACUAUACUUAUGGUGCUCUUGUUAGGGCAUUGUUUGAAUCAGGGAGAUGUGAUGAAGCUAAGAAGAUGUUUUUUUCAAUGGAAUUGAAUGGCUGUGUUCCUGAUUCCUUCACGUGCAAUUUGAUUUCAGAAAAUCUGGUUAAGCAAGGCGAUUUUGAAGAGCUUCAAAAUAUAGCAAAAAUAUGUUCUGAGAGAGGAAUUUCUCUAAAAUCCAUUCCUGCAGUAUAGGAUUCUGCUGCUCUUGGUUCAUAAGCUAGGGCUGAUUUGUUUGAAUAUUCAUUCUUAAGUUGAGAGCCAGCCAUAAAGCAGCCGGCUGGUUUUUGCUUGUGGCAUUUGGAAUCAUGUAUAUUGAAGAAUUGUAUAGAAGAUCUCCAUUCUGCUCCAA